AUAUAUUACUCUUCAUCGAGGAGAAUUAAAACAUGGCGGGAAUCGUUUCCUGAAAAUAGUAAAAAGAUCCAGCAUUUUGUUAAAUAAACUAAAAAAAAUAAAACUGUGGCAUUAAAAACAUUGCAGAGCAAUGGAGUAUUGUACUAAACCUAUUACCUCUAAUCCGGACGCUCUGUUGUCAGAGCCAGUAGGAGAUGAUAAUACGUUUAAAAGAAUAUCUUGUAAAAUUAAACAUUGCUGUGAUAAAUUUCGCUUGAAAGACAGAAACUUUCAGAGGCAGUAUGCACAUCUGUACUCUGAACGAUUGAUAACGAUGCGUACAUGCUUAGAAAGUGCAGCAAAACAGAAAUGGGGGUCUGAUAUUGUGAUACGAAAGCUUCAUGAGCUGAACAGUGAUGAGACCUGCGUUGUCAUUGGGACUUUGUUUAAACAUAUGGAGUUGCAGCCAAGUAUAUUACGGGAAAUAAGUGAUGAGCAUGGUCUUUUACCACAACCAUUGACGUCAAAGUACACUAGCAGUGAAGACAAACUCAUUUUGGAAGAUGAACUGCAGAGGAUCACUCUUGUUGGUGAACUUCAGGUCCAAACUUCAGUCACUGGUGUGAUAGUUGCUGUACAUGGGGUGGAACCAGAGGAUGACAAGGGCAAGUUCCAUGUGAAGGAUUACUGUUUCCAGCAGUUGCCAGCACAGGACCCCCUCCCCAGUUUGGAACAAGACAGGUAUUUGGUAUUUGUAUCAGGCCUAGAGAUUGGAUCGAAGUGCGAGCAGCAGUUUAAUCUGCAGUUGUUUGUUGACAUGGUAACGGGUCAGCUUGGUUGUCCCGAGCAACAAGCAGCCAAUGCAAACAUAGCUGCAGUCAUAGUUGCUGGCAACUCACUGAGUAAAGAUACUCAAACCAAGGAUACUCUGACUAAGGCCAAGUACCUGACAAAGAACACUGUGGCUGGCAGCGUGGAGGCUAUGAAGUCACUGGACGACUAUCUCGUGCAACUGGCUGCAUGCACAGAUGUGGUAGUGUUGCCGGGAGAGUUUGACCCCUGUAACUACACUCUCCCGCAGCAACCCCUACACAGGUGCAUGUUCCCCCAGGCCGCCCGUUACCCCACCCUGCACUGCGCAACCAACCCAUACGAGGCUGUAAUAGAGGGAAUACGGGUACUUGGUACCUCUGGGCAGCCUGUGCAGGACAUCUACCGCUACAGCAGCCUGGAGGACGGUCUGCAGAUACUGGACAAGACCCUGGAGUGGGGACACCUGGCCCCUACAGCUCCUGACACACUGGGCUGCUACCCAUACUAUGACGAGGAUCCCUUCAUUCUCAAGGAAUGCCCACACAUACUGUUCUCUGGCAACCAGAACAAAUUCCAGCAUAAGACACAUAAAGGAAGUGAUGGCCAGCGUGUGCUCGUGUUAAGUGUGCCGCGGUUUUGCCAGACUGGUACAGCUGCCCUGGUGAAUCUUCGCACCCUAGAGAGUUUCCCCAUGGUGUUCCAGUCUGAGAUAGGCUCUGACACCAUGGAGGUGGACAGUCCAGUUGCAGAGAAAUAGUCCCGCGUCUAGGAGGAAUAUAGGCAUUUAUGGACAGUUGGUUGCUGAGAAAUAACCUGAGGAAAUAGUGCUCUGCUUUAUGUGUAUUGACUGUCAUCGUUAUUGAUGUGUCAUGAUCAGUCAUUGUUAUUAUUUGUUUACUUAAAUAACCAAUUGUGCGUUUUGAACAAAGAGAUCUAUUGUUAUCUAAAAAGAUGGAUGAAAUAUUGGAAAAAUAUACAACAUGUAUUUCACUCUCUGUUUUUAGCUCACCUGUCACGAAGUGACAUGGUGAGCUUAUGUGACCGUGUGAUGUCCGGCGUGCGUGUGUCCUUCAACAAUUUGUUUGUGUAGGCAGUAGAGGUCACAGUUUUCAUCCAAUCUUUAUGAAAUUUGGUCAGAAUGUUUAUAUUGAUGAAAUCUGGGUUGGGGUUGUAUUUGGGUCAUCUGGGUUCAAAAAUUAGGUCACUAUGUCAAAAACUAG